GACGCACCGCGCUCUCUGUUUGGCGGUCCCGUGGGAAUCAAUAGCGACGUCGUGACUCCGCCCCGGACGCCGCUGGGGACGAUCCGCGAGCACGAUGAAGAAGCUCCACGACGAACCGCCGGGGGAAGCGGGACGCCGAAGCUGUCCAUGGGACCGGAACAUCGUCUGCCUCCACCGGCAACGCCCUCUAUCACAGACGAUGCGCUGUCCACCGAUGACCAGCUUAACCGACCGCGCAGCCGAGCCCCCGCGCAGCAGCUAAAUACGCCGGAGCAGAGAGCGCCCGUCGUGCGACCCAGCAGCGUGGGCAGCAUAGGCAGUAUAGGCAGUAUCAACAGCAGACGAUCGACCGGGACGCCGCCAUUGCGCCGGGUCAGCCGUAAUCUUAGCGGCGAUCUGCGCGCAGCCAGUCGGCUGGAGGAGGAGAAGGAAAAGGAAAAGGAGGAGGCGGGGAGGCGCAGUAGCGACUAUAGUCGGGCGGCCGAAGACGAACUGGUCAAUCUCCCCUCGUCUUCCACCUACGACCCCGUCACCGACAAGGGCAAGCGCCCGGUGCGAGUCAUGGCCGAUGUCUAUGGAUGGGGUGAGACCCCCAGCUCGCCCCGGUCGCCCAACCGACCUCCCAGCGUCCGGCGCCGUCGCAGCAUGCAAUAUCUACAAGAGCUCGAGACUCGCCUCGACCAGUUAAUUUCCGAAAACCGUCUGCUCGCCGCCGCCCGCGAUGAAGCCGAAAACAAGAUCCGCACCCUUCGCAGUGCACGCCGCAAGAGUGACAACGCGCUCAACCGCAGCGAUGCCGAUCUCCGCGACAAGGAAGCAGAAAUCACCCAGCUGAAGAACUCGCUGGACUGGAUGCAGAAGGAGGUCGCUCGCCUGACCGAAGAGAAUGAAGGCCUCACGGCGACCAACGCCGGCCUCGAGGCCGCACACCACCAAGAGCUCAAGGAAGCCCGUGAGGCUUCCUCCCGCGAGCUAGAAGAGCUGCGGUCGCAGCACCAGCAGUUAUCUACGGGGAUGGAGGAUAUCGUGCGACACGAAAUCGAAUCCGCACUGGCUCAAAAGAACGAAGAACUGCGCCUCCUGCGGACAGAGCUGGCGGCCACGCGCGACAAGGUGCAGGAGCUGCAGCUCCAAAUCACUGCAUCACUCCCGGAGGACGAUGUGAUCGUGUCGCGCGACGAGGACUAUUUCGAUGCCGCCUGCCAGAAACUGUGCCAGCAUGUCCAGCAGUGGGUGCUGCGCUUCUCCAAGCACUCCGAUCUACGACGAUGCCGCCUGCUCAGUGAGAUCAACGAUGAGAAGAUCGCCGAUCGGUUCGACAAUGCCAUCCUGGACGGAUCGGACGUGGACAGCUACCUGGCCGAUCGAGUGCGACGGCGCGAUGUGUUCAUGUCGGUGGUGAUGACAAUGGUGUGGGAAUACAUCUUCACGCGGUACCUCUUUGGCAUGGACCGCGAACAGCGUCAGAAACUGAAGACGCUCGAGAAGCAGCUGGCGGAAGUAGGAUCGCGCUGCGCGGUGUCUCGCUGGCGUGCGACGACACUGACUCUAUUGGCGCGCCGGCCGGCCUUUGCCCGUCAGCGGCUUAACGACACCGAGGCAGUGGCCCUAGAGAUCUUUGGCACAUUAUCGCGCCUGCUGCCACCGCCGUCUGCAGUCGAGGGGACGUUGCUGGACUCCCUGCGCAACGUGCUGCGUGUGGCCGCGGACCUGUCGAUCGAGAUGCGGACGCAACGUGCUGAAUACGUGAUGCUGCCACCACUGCAGCCCGAGUUCGACGCCAACGGCGACCUGGCGCGGCAAGUAUACUUUAACGCCUCGCUGAUGAACGAGCGCAGCGGCCAGACGACGUCGAACGAGGAACUGGAGGCGCAACAAGCAGUGGUGCGGCUGGUGCUGUUCCCGCUCGUGGUGAAGAAAGGCAACGACCUGGGCGAAGGGGACGAGGAGAUCGUGGUAUGCCCAGCGCAGGUGCUGGUGGCUCGUCCAUCCACGGAGAAGAAGGUCGUGCGCGUGUUGAGCGGCGACCGAAUGUCUAUCGAUGCUCCUUCAGCCAUGAGUAACAUGAUCUAGGUAGUGACUGUGAAGAGGUCCAUCUCCAGCCAGAACCCUCGAGGCGUCACACUCGUCGGGUUAUGCCUGCGGAGAGGACUAUCACGUCGCAGCUCUUGGUUGUCUGUUGAUAUCUAAUUUUCUUGUUUCCUUGUUAGAUGUUUUCAUUUUUUCGGUUGAUAUGCC